UCCAGUGUCAUGCGAACUACAAGGAGCAAGCAACGAACGAGGAGUCCAAAAGGCAACACCAAAGAAGAUACAGAAAGCUUGGACAACUCAUCAGUGGCUUCCACAGAGUCCCAGGAAGAGAAUUUUGAUUGUGAUACUUCACAACGAUCAACAUCGCCAAUUUUACCAAAUAAAAAAAAGUCACCAAAGACUUCGCAUGUGAAAACUUUAAGGAAAUCUAGUGUAAAAGAAAAUAAAGAGUUAAAAACAGACCUACAGUCAUCUUAUUCAUGCUGUGCCAAGUGUUUUAUGAUGACAGUGAUACUGAUCGUUGUGCUAAUUACAACUGUGUUCUUAUUGCGAGUUAUACCCUCCUGGCAGGAUAGAUCAAAUGUCUCUAUAUCAAACUCUGCUGAUGUAGAUGUAAAGGAAAAAUUUGCAAUAAAAUUUAAGGAGUUGAAAAGGGAAUUCUUGGCUCAAGAUAAUGAGUUUUGGAGGAAGAUAAAAGUUCCGGUUAUGCGCGUAGUCCAGGAAGAAGAACCUGACUAUCCCGCAGUUAUUUUGCUUGUCGUUCCUAAGGGAGAUACCACAUCUCAAACAGCUACCUGUCUGGCCAAGAACUAUAUAACAAAGCUCAGCAACCUUCACACAGGUGGGAACAAGAAGGGGGGAUACAUAAACGUCCAAAAUAUACAGGCAGAUUCGGCGGACGAUGUUAAAUAUCAGCUCGACAAUGAAAUCAGGCUUGUGUUUGAUUCAAGUGCCCAUAAACUCCAUACUGUUGUCAUAGAUCAUAUUGAGGCGCUUGAUCCACAAGUCAUGUUGCUUUUCCAUGGUUACUGUGAUGGUGACCAUGCACCUUAUAAAAAGGCAGUAAUCAUAUUAGUCCUUCAUACUGACCUUGACACUAAGGUGGCCGGUGAUUUGGACAAGGUCGUGGAUCAACAUCUACAGUCUCUGUGGCAGAAAAGUCUCGAUGACGAUAAAAUCCCUCCAUUAAUUGCUAGAGUGGCUAAUAACAAAGCAAUGAUUCAAGAUGAAAAAUCAGAGACUCUUUGCUAGUAGAGCGUAUACACGUAUGUUGUUGAAAACAGUAUUACAUAUCUUCAUGUUCAUUGUAAUUUAUGUAGCAUAUGAUGUUUGAUCAUUAUGAAAGUAAUGAAUAAAAUAUUUUUGAAUGAA